CAAACAUUUACGACAAACAAAAAUGUAAUACUUCUCGGAACUUCUCGGGACCAAGGAUCUCUCCAGGAAGCAAAAUCUCACCACAAACAAACAAAUAGAAAUUACAAAGUGGCCUGAUGUCAUGUAAGGAACGGUACAGUAAUGCUAAAAUCAUCUGAGGAGGAUUAUUAAGAAAAAUUAAAUCAGCAAAUCUUCAAAACAUGAGGUUUUGGAGAAGAUCAAGACGACGUCAUAACUCCAGUACUCUGGAUAAUAACUCCAGUGGAAUAGCAGAUUAUUCACUUCCAGACGGCAACCGUUUUAGAUGGAACCCAUUAUUCAGGGUGAACCAUUCAGGCAGGGUUAAGCCUUUCAAUUUGUCCAUCAAUCCAUUUCUACAUCACACUCAGGAGCUGCGAGGUCAUGUGCCAAAAUGUCUGGCCCGUGUGUCGCAGUCGGAGAUUCUGAUGGGACAGCGGGUAGAAAACUUCUCAUCAGAGUGCUGGCUUCAAAACCACUUACACCAGUUUGCACACACCUCUGCUAAUGACAUUCAGAAUAGCAACAUUGAGACUGCAGAAGCGGCAGAAGAAAUGGACGACGUAGAAGAUGAUAGUCCAGUAGGAAGUGAUACAGAGAGACAUUCUAACACAUCUCUCGAUAACUUUGAGUUUGAGUCCAAUGAUGGAGACAUCCCAAGCGAGGGGAUGGAUAAUGAAUUACCCCCUGACAUUUUUAACUAUACCAUGGCUGUGGAAUUACCACCAUACUAUGAUGAACCACCACCAUCUUAUGAGGAAGCUCUGGCAGAGGAUGAGAGAAGAGAGAGACAGCUCUAUUCCUCAACUCGAUCCCGUGAUGCUUUUCUGUGGUGAAGCUUUGUUGACAGUGCUUCAUAUUUGAUCAAUAUCUAGUGGUGCAUCAGUUUGUUGAGCUGUUUACUGUAUGUAUUUGUACUGAGUUUUUGUAAGACAUUUAAUUUUUUUUUUUUUUAGUUUUGCUGUUUUGAUGUCACCUUAAUCAUGUAUAUUUCAUUGGUCUGAUGUGUAUUCUAUAUAUACCGGUAACCAGUAAGAAAUUAAUUACAACCAUAUAAAACCAUAUAGAACUCAAUUUAUAUACAUUGUUAUCAAGUAAAUCCCUUAGAAAUGUACUAGAAAGAUUAUACUCAUUACAGUGAAAUUCUUUAAUCAAAUACUCUGAUCGUGCUAGAGAAUGAGCUCUGCAUGAUACCGCAAGUGAAAUUUGGAAUUGUUGUCCAUUAUAAACAAAAGCAUUGAACCGGUUAUCUACCCGUGUUGUGAUCAUUAUAUGAAUGCAGUGCCUUGUAAUGAGUUACUUGUGAUACUGGGGAACUUGUAACUAAGGGCAAUAGUCAUGAGUUGUGGCUUCUUGUCCACCACGUCUUGAUUUAAUUAAUAAUACUGCUGUUUUCUUCAUGUUGUGUCAUUUCAUGUGCAAUUUUUAUUGUCCCAGUUAAUACAUGUCUUACCGCGAUGUUUGUCAUAAUUGUCAUGUACAUUGUCAAAUGUUCAACACUAUCUGUAUUAGGAUAACUCAUAGUACUAUUAUCUAAUAAGAAUUUUUCAAACUUUACAUUUUAGUAUGUAAAUAUACAUUAUUUUGUAUCUUUGAUAUAUAUAUUGUUAUCUACACACGAAGCAUACAUAAAAAAUGAUUCAUUUGUCUCCCCUGUACAUGUGUGCCCUGUUUUACGGUUGGAUAGUUUUGUUCGGUAUACUGACUGUUGUUAGUUGUUUUAUCUGGGACUGUCACUGUCUUCUGUUUGUCACAUUGACAGUUGAUUUUUAUCAAUAGGUAUAUGACUUAUUUGUUAUAUUUGUUAUUCAAUAUACACACAGUGGUUGUUACAUAAAUGUUUGAUUAGGUAAUCAAUUAGGAAUGAUUACAGUGUUGUACAAUAUCUAUAGGUACAAGCUCUGACAUCUGACAUGUUAUUGAAUUGUUAAGUUGUGCUGGAAUGUAAACUAUGCUAGACUCCUGUUUAGGAAAGUGCUUCACUAUUUUAGAAACUCAUAGUCUUUCUCACAUAUACAUAUACUUAUUCAUUAAGAGCGGCUGUUGCUUUUCAUUAAGGAAUUUAAUAAGAAUUGAUUCAAGUUUAAUUUGUACAAUGUCAAAUAUAGGUAAAUGUAAUUUUGCGUAUAUAAAUGUAUGUACACAUUAUCAAUUUAUACACUGUAUUUUUUGUUCAGAUUUUUGUUUUAUUUGGUUUUUAUAUACUUUUUAAUAUUACAAAUCUUUGACCAAUGUUAAUUAUAUAUGUAUAUAUAAAUAUAUACGUGUACAAUAGAACUUAUAAACCGUCUACUAGAUGUCAUGGUAAAGUUGUUUUACAAUAAAAUGUAAAAGUGA